AUGGCUGAUUCUUCAGACUUAUCUCUCCCCAUAAAAGAACUUCAACCAAUAACAUCUUCAAUCGCUUCAUACCAAUACCAAGAUUCCACUAAUCAAUCACAAUCAAUUCUAAGUUAUUUAUUAUGGGAAAUUUCCAAAAUUUCUGUUAAAGUAUUAGGUUUUUCAUUAAUCACAGUACCAGCUAGUAUUAUAAGAUUAUUAUCAACAAAUUUUAGUAUUACAUUAAGUUUUAGUUCAUUAUUUUUCAUCUUAAGUGGUAUAACUUUCACAUUAUUUUCUAUAUUAAGAUAUAGAGUCCUAACAAGUUAUUCAAGAUUUGUUGAAGAACCAAGAACUAUCCCUGUGGUUGAUCCAUAUGUUGGUUCUUCAGAAACAGAAAAUAAGAGAAGGUUUGGUUCUUAUUUGGAUGAAUUUUUAACUGCAAUUAAAAUCUUUGGAUAUUUAGAAAAACCUGUAUUCAAUGAAUUAACAAGAUCAAUGAAAACUCAAAAAUUAAUUACAGAUGAAAUUUUAUAUGUUGAUGAAAAAUUAGGUUUUGCUAUUGUUGUCGAAGGUCAAGUACAAAUUUAUUCAAAAGUUAAUACUUCAAAUCUUAAUUCUAAACAAAAUGAAGAAAUUGGUAAUAAUAGUCCAUUUUCUGAAUUUUCAAAUGUGCAAGAUGAUGAUCAAAAUGAAUUAGCAAGUGAAAUUUUCAUAUUAAAUGAUGAAAGAUAUCAAUUAUUAAAUGAUGUUAAAACUGGGAAUCCUUUAUCUUCUUUAGUUAAUAUUCUUUCUUUAUUCACUGAUGAAGAUGAAUUUAAUGGUAUUGGUACUAGUGCAGGUACUAUCCCAACCAAGUCACCAUUUUUUAAAAAUCAUGAUUUCCAUCCAGAUGUUGAUAUCCCGGAAUUUAGUUUAGAUCAUGGUGAUGAUUUAAUUAAAACUCCAAAUAUUAUAGCAAGAGCAACAUCAGAUUGUACAAUUGCAAUAAUACCAGCAGAUUCAUUUAGAAGGUUGAAAAAAAAACAUCCAAGAUCUUCUUCUCAUAUUGUUCAAAUGAUUUUAACAAGAUUAUAUAGAGUUACUUUCCAAACUGCUCAUAAUUAUUUAGGUUUAACAAGAGAAAUUUUUCAAACUGAAAUUAAAUUAAAUAGUAAUGCAAAAUUAGAAUUACCAAGCUAUUUACAUAAUGGUGUUAAACAACGGUUUAAAAAAUAUCAAACAACAACAAGUGAAAAUAGAGGAAGAUCUAAAGAUACAAAACAAACUCCACCAACUUCAUUUACACCUACAACUAAAAGAACUGAUAGUUCAACAAGUCGUACAUCUUUGGUUACACCAUCAUCAAGAUUAGAAUCUAAAAUAAGACCUAAAGCUAAAAGAACCGAAUCAAGACAUGUUGUUUUAGAUUCAAGAGAUUCUUUUAAUCCAGGUGAUUUAUUAUCAAAUGUUCCAUUAUCAAGAAAAGAAUUAAGUUAUCAAGCUAUUGCAGAAGAUGAUGUUAUAAAUAGAAGUUUUAGUGCAGAAGAAGAAACCGAGGAUACUUCAUUAAGAAUCGCAUUGGUUGAAGGUAUGUUUAAAUUUUUGGGGAUUGAUAAAGAAAAUUUAUUACCUAAAAAAUCAAGUACUGUUACAAGUGCACUUUCAAGUCCAAUACCACAAGGAAUGGGACUUUUCACAACGUUCCCACAAGAAAUGUAUACAACAAGAACAUCAAAUAUAAAUAAUCAAAAAACAAGAACAAUGUCAACUACUUCAAAUUCAAGAUUUUCAAUAUCAAGUUUUAAUGAAUUGGAAAAUUUAAUUGAUCCAGAAAUUGAUUUUGAAAAAGCUAAAAGUGAUUUUGCAAAUGGUAUUGAAAUUUUACAUAUUGAACAAGGUUCUAUAAUUAUUGAACAAAAUUCUCGUAAUAAUGGAUUAUAUUAUGUUGUUAGUGGUGAAUUAGAUGUUACAUAUACUGAUCCUUCUACAAAUAAUGAGCGGUUAUUAUAUACAGUUAAACCAGGUGGUGUUGCAGGUUAUUUAGGUGCUUUAGUUGGUUAUAAAUCAUUUGUUACAUUAAAGGCUAAAACUGAAGUAUUUGUUGGAUUUUUACCUAAAAAAACCUUAGAAAGAUUAUGUGAAAAAUAUUUUAUGAUUUAUUUAAGUAUUGCAAAAAGUUUAAUUAGUUCAUUAAGUAAAAAAAUUUUAAAAUUAGAUUCUGCUUUAGAAUGGAUUCAAUUAGAUGCUGGUGAAACUUUAUUUAAACAAGAUACCACGGCUAAUGGUAUUUAUAUUGUUUUAAGUGGUCGUUUAAGAUCAUUAUAUGAAUCAAGUAAUAAUAAUACAUCAUCAUCUACCAAUGUCAAGAAUAAUAAUGUUAAAAUUCUUGCUGAAUAUGGUCAAGGUGAAAGUUUUGGUGAAGUUGAAGUUUUAACAGCUGCAAAAAGAUCAAGUACAUUUAUUGCAGUUAGAGAUUCAGAAACUGCAAGAAUUCCAAGAACUUUAUUUGAAAUAUUAGCAAUAGAAAAUCCAUCAAUUAUGAUUAAAGUUAGUAGAAUUGUUGCCAAAACUAUAAAAGCUGAAAACAAUGAUGUAAUUAUUGAUUCAAUUACACAAAUUCCAUCAAUUACAAAAUUUAAAAAUUCAAAUAAAAAUUAUAGAACUGUUACAAUUUUACCAAUAACUCAUGGUUUACCAGUUCAAGAAUUUGCAUCAAGAUUAAUUCAAUCUUUUAAAAAUGUUGAUAGAUCAGUUAUUGGAUUAGAUCAAGCUUCAACUUUAAAUCAUCUUGGUAAACAUGCAUUUGAUAGACUUUCAAGAUUAAGACAAUCAGGUUUUUUUUCAGAUUUAGAAGAACGUUAUCAAAUUGUUGUUUAUAUUGCAGAUACUUCAGUUAAUUCAUCAUGGACCACCACUUGUAUUCAACAAGGUGAUUGUAUUCUGUUAUUAGCUGAUGCUUUAAGUGAUACAAGUAUUGGUGAUUAUGAACGUUUAUUAUUGAAAACAAGAACCACGGCAAGAACAGAAUUAAUUUUAUUACAUCCUGAACGUUAUGUUGAACCUGGUUUAGCAAGUAAAUGGUUAAAAAAUCGUGUUUGGGUUCAUUCUCAUCAUCAUAUUCAAUUUAAUACAAAUUCAAAUGAAUUAUUAAGAUCUGAAAGAAAUGAAGCUGGUUAUAAUACAUUUGCUAAAAAUAUUAAAACAAAAGUUGAAAAUUUAAGAACUAAAUAUGUUGGAUCCAAGAAUAAUUUUAAUUCAACUUCACCACAUAAAAAUGAUUUCUUAAGAUUAGCAAGAUUAUUAUCAGGUCAAGCUGUUGGAUUGGUUUUAGGUGGUGGUGGUGCAAGAGGUUUAAGUCAUCUUGGUGUCUUAAAAGCAUUACAAGAAAAUGGUAUUCCAAUUGAUAUGAUUGGUGGUACAUCAAUGGGAUCAUUUAUUGGUGGUUUAUAUGCAAAAGAUUAUGAUUUAGUUCCAAUUUAUGGUAGAGCUAAGAAAUUUGCAGGUAGAGUUUCAAGUGCAUGGAGAACUUUAUCAGAUUUAACUUAUCCUGUUACAUCAUAUACAACAGGACAUGAAUUUAAUCGUGGUAUUUGGAAGGCAUUUGGAGAUAGUAGAAUUGAAGAUUUUUGGAUUCAAUAUUAUUGUAAUUCAACAAAUAUUACAAAUUCUACAAUGGAUAUUCAUUCAUCAGGUUAUGCAUGGAGAUUUAUUAGAGCUUCAAUGUCUCUUGCUGGAUUAUUACCACCUGUGACAGAUAAUGGAUCAAUGUUAUUGGAUGGUGGUUAUGUUGAUAAUUUACCAGUUGGAGAAAUGAAAAAUAGAGGUGCAAGUAUUAUAUUUGCAGUUGAUGUUGGAUCAAUUGAUGAUCGUACACCAAUGAAAUAUGGUGAUUCAUUAAGUGGAUUAUGGAUUUUAUUUAAUCGUUGGAACCCUUUUUCCAAACAUCCAAAUGUUCCAACAAUGAGUGAAAUUCAAAUGAGAUUAUGUUAUGUUAGUUCAGUUAAUGCUUUAGAAAGGGCAAAAAACACACCAGGUAUAAUUUAUUUGAGACCACCAAUUGAAAAUUAUGCAACUUUAGAUUUUGGUAAAUUUGAAGAAAUUUAUAAUGUUGGAUCAAUUUAUGGUCAUAUGGUUUUAAAAGAAUUAGCAGAUACUAAUAAAUUACCAAAAAUUGCAGGUGCAAAUGUUUUGGUUGAGAGACAAAACCGUAGUAUUCAAAGAAGAAAUAGUAUUUGA